GCUGCUCUCCGCUGGAUUAGUUGACGCCACGGUAGCGAGAGCUCAAGUGGCGGAAGCGUUAGCGGCCGAGCUGAGGGAAGAGGCGCUUGGAACCGAAAUAUGGACUUCUCUUCCGGCAGGUGACAGUGGUCGCCACCCGGUGCGAAGGAGCCACAACUCCAUCGCUUACUUCCGCGGCCGUUUGUUGUGUUUAUACCCGCCGCGCGGAGAAUGAAGUCAAUGCGCAGGUGCGGGAUAAUUAGCGGCUAACGCUUACUUUUUGGGGGGCGGACGGACGUCCUCGAUGGGGGGUCUUCCCUUCCUCCUUUUCUUCGUCCUUGCGUGAGACGACCAUGGAGGGGAGUGGAGAAAUGUCCUCCCAAGUGGAUUUGAGAGGCGGCCACCUCGACUCGGAUUUCGGGAGGGUUUCCAAAGUGGAAGAGGAUCCAUAUCCAGGGAGUACAGAAGAUGAGUGUGAAGAAGACGAGAAGCUGGACCACAUCCUCAACCCGCCGUGCUCCGCAUCGCUCAGGAAGUCCAGCCAACCCGAGCUGACGCUGCGUCUCAAGCGCCAACUCAGCGAUGAUGGCAAGCACUUAAGACGCCGCAGCUUGGGCGGAGGACUGACGGGACAGUACCUUCUGCUCCCGGCCCACGCCCAGCAAACACCAUGGCCGCCGCAAUCGUUUUCCGACGCCUCCUCCAACCUGGUUCGCAUGCGCGCUCUCAACCUCGGCAAGUCGGACCCGUCCCUGACCUCCAGUCUGAAGGAGCUCAGUCUUCCCCGGAGAGGCAGCCUCCUCACGCCUCGAAGUUUGAGCCCCACUCCCACUAGUCCUUGCAGUCCGUGCAGCCCUCUGCACGCCUUUCACUUCUGGAGCUGUCGGACGAGCAACAGGAAAAGCCUGAUCGGAAGCGGCCAGUCCAGCGGUUUACCGCGACCCCACUCGCCCCUCUCGUCUUUCGCAGGCACGAGUCCGCAGGACAGCCCGAGGAACUUCUCCCCCAGCGCCUCGGCUCAUUUCUCCUUUGCACGAAGGAGCGAUGGUCGUCGCUGGUCGCUGGCCUCCCUUCCCUCCUCGGGAUAUGGAACCAACACGCCCAACUCCACCGUCUCGUCGUCCUGUUCAUCACAGGAGAAGCUGCACCAGCUGCCCUUUCAGCCCACGCCGGACGAGCUGCACUUCCUCUCCAAGCACUUUUGCACCGAGAACAUCUCCGCCGACGAGCGUCGCCGGGGGGCCGGCAUGCGGCCGCGCUCGCGCAGCCUCAGCAGCCCCGGCAGGUCGCCGUCCUGUUACGACCACGAGAUCAUCAUGAUGAAUCACGUGUACAAGGAGCGCUUCCCCAAGGCCACCGCUCAGAUGGAGGAGAAAAUCCAGGAGAUCAUCCGCGGCAACUCUCCCGAGAGCGUCCUGCCGCUGGCCGACGGCGUGCUGGGCUUCGCCCGCCACCAGAUCAUCGAGCUGGCGCGCGACUGCCUGGAGAAGAGCCGGCUGGGCCUGGUCACCUCCAGCUACUUCUGCGAGCUCACCGACAAGCUGGAGAGGCUCGUGCAGGAGUCCACCGAACGUUCCGAGAGCGAGGAGGUCAACUUCAUCCGCGAGCUGGCCAAGAAGAUCCUCAUGGUCAUCGCGCGACCCGCCCGGCUGCUGGAAUGUCUGGAGUUUGACCCCGAGGAGUUCUACCACCUCCUGGAGGCGGCCGAGGGCCACGCUAAGGAGGGGCAGGGCAUCAAGACCGACAUCCCUCGUUACAUCAUCAGCCAGCUGGGACUCACCCGAGAUCCUUUGGAAGAGAUGGCGCAGUUCAGCAGCAGCGACAGCGGCAUUGCGCAGACCCCAGAAACUGAAGACUGCUCCCAGAGUUUGAGCGGCGCCUUGAGGUCCAGACGCAAACCGUGCGAAUUGGACUUUGAGUUGACCAAACUGAUCAGCAACGGCGCCUACGGGGCGGUGUACUUGGUGCGGCACAAAGAGAGCAAGCAGCGUUUCGCCAUGAAGAAAAUCAACAAGCAGAACCUGAUGCUGAGGAACCAGAUCCAGCAGGCCUUCGUGGAGAGGGACAUCCUCACCUUUGCCGAGAACCCCUUCGUGGUCUCCAUGUUCUGCUCCUUUGAGACCAGGCGCCACCUGUGCAUGGUCAUGGAGUACGUGGAAGGAGGAGACUGCGCCACCCUGCUGAAAAACAUGGGCCCCCUUCCCGUGGACAUGGCCCGCAUGUACUUUGCCGAGACGGUGCUGGCCCUGGAGUACCUGCACAACUACGGCGUCGUGCAUCGAGACCUCAAACCGGACAAUUUGCUGGUGACGUCCAUGGGCCACAUCAAGCUGACGGAUUUCGGCCUGUCCAAAGUGGGCCUGAUGAACAUGACCACAAACCUGUACGAAGGCCACAUCGAGAAGGACGCCCGCGAGUUCUCCGACAAGCAGGUGUGCGGCACGCCCGAGUACAUCGCCCCCGAGGUGAUCCUGAGGCAAGGCUACGGCAAACCGGUGGACUGGUGGGCCAUGGGCAUCAUUCUCUACGAGUUCCUGGUGGGCUGCGUGCCCUUCUUCGGGGACACGCCCGAGGAGCUCUUCGGGCAGGUCAUCAGCGAUGAGAUCAACUGGCCGGACGGAGAGGAGGCGCCGCCCGCCGAGGCCCAGGAGCUCAUCGGCGUUCUGCUCAGACAGAAUCCUCUGGAGAGGAUGGGGGCAGGGGGCGCCGCCGAGGUGAAGCGCCAUCCCUUUUUCCACCACCUGGACUGGAACGGCCUCCUGCGGCAGAAGGCCGAGUUCAUCCCUCAGCUGGAGUCCGAGGAUGACACCAGCUACUUUGACACUCGCUCGGAGCGCUACCGCCACCUAGAGACGGAGGAGGACGACGACGCCAACGACGAGGACUUCAACGUGGAGCUGCGCCAGUUCUCCUCCUGCUCUCACCGCUUCUCCAAGGUGUACAGCAGUCUGGACCUAUCGCGCGGCCACAUCGAGGAGAAAGGGGACGACGACGACGCCGCCGCGGAAGAGAAGAAAAGCCGGAGCCCGCCCGCGCCAGACUCGCUCGGCUGGACGCCCGACUUCACCGACAUGCCGCCGGCGGACGGCGCCUCGCUCCCCAAGUUCGCCAUCUCGGCCUCGGAGAGCCAAGAAGACGCGGACGAGUCGUCUGGCAAAACCUCCUUCGCCGUGGGGGAGCUGCCGCGGGACGAGCCCGACGCCGGCACGCCCGGCAGCACCCGCAGUGGGGCCACGCUCUCCGGGAGUUUCUCUGAGCAUUUGGAGCAGCUGACGCCGCGGAGCGAAGGCGUGCAGAGCCCGGACGGAGACCGGCGGCCAUCCGCCGUCUCCCCGAGACCCGGCGCGGGCGGCGGGUCCGAGAAGUCUCGGACGGCGCCCAAAGUCCCCAAGUCCGUUUCCACCGGGGCGCUGUCUCUCAUGAUCCCCUCAGACAUAUUUGGCGCCUCGCCGCUGGCCAGCCCGCUGUCCCCUUACUCGCUGUCGUCGGACCCCUCCUCCUCGCGAGACUCGUCCCCCGGCCGGGACCCGUCCUCCGCCUCGCCGUCGGCGCGGCGGCCGGUGGUCAUCCACGGCAGCGGCAAGAAAUUCGGCUUCACGCUGCGGGCCAUACGCGUGUACGCCUGCGACGGCGACGUCUACACCGUCUACCACAUGGUCUGGAACGUGGAGGACGGCGGGCCCGCUCACAAAGCCGGACUCCAAGCCGGCGACCUCAUCACGCACGUCAACGGCGAGACGGUCCACGGUCUCGUCCACACUGAGGUCGUGGAGCUUUUAGUCAAGAGCGGCAGUAAGGUGUCCAUCGCCACCACCCCCUUCGAGAACACGUCCAUCAAAAGAGGCCCCGCCCGCAGGAACAGCUACAGGAGCAAAAUGGUGCGGCGUGCCAAGAAGGCCAAAAAGGAGAAGACUCCCGAGAGGCGGCGCUCGCUUUUCCGGCGUUUCGCCAUGCAGCCGUCACCUCUGCUCCACACCAGUCGCAGCUUCACGUCGCUCAACCAUUCGCUGUCGUCCGGGGAGAGCGUGCCCGGCUCGCCCACGCACAGCCUCUCGCCCCGUUCGCCCACCGCCGCCUUCCGCCCGCCUCCCGACUUCACCCUCUCAGGCGGCAACUCGUCCCAGAGCAGCUCGCCCAGCUCCAGCACGCCAAACUCGCCCGCGGGCUCCGCCCACAUCCGGCCCAGCACCCUACACGGCCUGGGGGCCAAGCUGCCGGGCCAGCGGCUCCGUCAGGGGCGGCGCAAGUCCGCCGGGAGCAUUCCUCUCUCCCCUUUGGCCCGCACGCCCUCGCCCACCCCGCAGCCCCCCUCCCCUCAGCGCCCGCCCUCCCCGCUGCUCGGCGCCCAGGCCUUCCCCGCCAAGAUCCACUCGCCGCCCGCCAUCGUCCGCCACGUGGCCAGGCCGAAAAGCGCCGAGCCGCCGCGCUCGCCGCUCCUGAAGCGAGUGCAGUCGGAGGAGAAGCUGGCGCCGUCCUACGCCGCCGACAAGAAGCAUCUGUGCGGCCGCAAGCAAAGCCUGGAGGUGACGCGGGAGGAGGCUCGGGAUCGGGAGGACGGGGGCGCCGGCGAGGGCGGCGACGCCGUCCCGCGGCUUCGGCCCGUCGAGCAGGGAUGCCUGAAGAGGCCGGCGGGCCGCAGGGAACGCCGGGAGACGCCGGAGGAGCUGGACAAAACGCCCGCCGGGCGGGAACCCGACCCCUCGGCCGCCGACGGCUUCCUUUGCCGCGAGACGGCCAGCGUGGCCCUGAAAGACGUUCUGUACAAAAAACUCCUGGCCGGCGACUCGGGCGACAAGACGGAGCGCUCCGCCGACCUCAAGGCCGCCGGCGCCGACUUCACCAGGAAGCGACUUUCCUUCGAGGAGCGCGACGACUUUGCCUGUCGACUCUCCGCCGCCGCCGCCCGCUCCAAAAGUCUCCUGCCGGACGCCAAGACCGGCUCGGGCACCGAAGCUCCCGCGGCCCCCAAGGCCUUCUCGGGACGAGGGGAGAGCGCCGUGGAGAAGCUGCAGCUCAUCUCGUCGGGCGAGGGUCCUCUGAGGAAGGCGUCGUCCGACUACAAACUGGAGGGGCGCCACGCGUCCCCCCUCAAGCCUCUGGAGGGCACCCUGGACAUCGGCCUGCUCUCGGGGCCCAGGGUCUCCAAAACGGAUCCGUGCUUAGCCAAAUCGCUCCAGAACGCCGCCGAACGGCAGCCGAGAGCUCCGGACAAGCCCAAAAGUCCGCUGGCGUGCCCCUCGGGUCCCGACUCGGCCCCCUGCCAGAACGUCUUCGCCAAGAGCGGACGCCAUUGUGACGGCUCCAAGCAGGAGAGCAGACCCUGCGCCAAGGUGGCCGCCGCCCGCCACAGCUCGCACUUCUCCUACGGGAAGACGCCCUCCAUUCGGGAAGUCAGCAACGAAGACCAGGAUGACGAAGUGGAUCAGCCGCCAUGUUCUCUCUUUGCCCUUCCCUGUGACGGGUCCGCCUCGAAAGAGGUCACCCAUCCAAAAGCGGCGCCGGCUGCUUCACAAACGCCGUCCGUGUUCAACCAGGGCGACGUGUCGGCGGGUGUCGCACCGGCGCCAAAGACGGAGCGACCGGCGCCGGACCAUCCCCAGGCCGAAGGCGCUUCAGAGCCGCCGGAGGUUCCGAGGAGUUCAGAACUUUGCACCUCUGGCGGCCAGGACGGCGCAGUCGCCGCCGCCGCGCGUCCUCGAGAAAACACUUUUGUCCCCGGAAAGAAAAGCAGGUCCGGCCCCCGGCCCGACCCGGGCCACGAUCCGAAACGUUCGUACCGAGAGGACCCGCCGUCGCCCCCCGCCGGUGAGGGAUCGGUGCAGUCGCCGCCGGAACCCAAAUGCCCUCCGGCGCUCAAAGAAAGCGCCGACUCAAAGGCCAAAGUUCCGAAGGCCGCCAAGCCGUCCGCGGCGCCGCCCGAGCGGAAAGAGCCCUCGCCCAAAAAGGAGCAGCGCCAAUCCAAGCCAAAAACCCCCAACACGGGACAAGCCGGGGCAAGCGCCGACCCCGUGGAAGCCCCCGACGACGCGCUGCCCCCCGACAAGCUGGCCAAGAAAAAAACGGUGCGUCGAGAAAGCGCAAACGAGACCCGCGCGGGGGCGCGGACAAAACCUCUGGCCGAGGGAAGGCGCCGGGUGGGACUCCCUGAGGCAAAAUGAACAUUUGCGCCUUUUCAUCGACGCCUUCUCGUUUUACCAGCUUGGAGCCGCCUUGUUGCUUUGAUGCGGUCCAGCCGCCGCCGCCGUGCUUGGCGUCCACCGGCGCUCAAAGGCGUCCUCACAUUCCUUUUCGUGCGCUUCGGAUUGGUCUCGGAGCGUCCGCUAGCCAACGGCUUCCUCCUUGGGAACGUGCGGCCAUCCAUGUAGCAUUACGCAAAUAAAACUGUCAGACCGACAAAAAAGAUGCACCGGGACCUCGGAUUGUGAGCGUCUUGCUUAGAUGACAAAGACUGAAUAGGGAGGAGUUUUUUUGGGGAGGGGGCGGGGGGCUUCUGUCAUGAGAUGUUCGUAACAUUUGACAGGUCGGCGUCGGGUGCCCUCGGAUCGGAGGGAUUUAAGUGACUUAUCAUUGUUUGAGAGAAUGUUGUCAACGUUCUGUAUGUUUUUGACGCAUGAUGCCACCCCGGGGGGGGGACAGGGGGGGUUUGGUGGUGCCUGGAUUGUUUUCAAGACGUGACGUGACCUUGUACGCUCUCGAUGUCGCGUGACUUUGGAUUGUGAGCAUGUGUCGCUUCAAGAAUCAUAAUCUUUCACGUCCGGGUCCUUGGGCCUCCGUGGUGCAGUGAUUGGUUGAGAGGAACGGGGGGGGGGGCGCGGCUCACAUGAUCUCAAGUCGUAGCGUCGCUUCACUUUGUUGUCGCAUUAGUAAGGCUUAGCUUUGCGCAAUUCACCCGUUUUGAGGCCUUUAAAAAAAUUAACACGAGUGAGUUGACGUUUGAGAUUGAUUUUUGGCUUUUUAUUGUAGGAACUGACAAAUGCACCUUAAAAACGCUCACAGCUCGGGCGUAGUGAAUUAAAGGGGUGGGGUCAGGGGGGGGACUCAUUUGUCUCUAAUGGAGCCAUUCAAGCGUCCAGUCGAAAGCACAUUGAUGUCUGUUUACCGCCUUCACCGCUGUAUAUUUUUGUAUCGUGCUCAUUUGCCAAAAUUUGUGUCGCGUGGCACCCACGGGCUUUGGUGUAGGGGGGG